UUGCGGAAAUAAUGUUUGCGUGACCUUAAAAUAUGCGAAAACGUGGCACUCUCACAGACUAUAAUAACACAAGAAACGGAUAAAAUAUCAGAUCAUUUGUGGCUGUAGUUGAAUCUGCUGGAUCUGGGAAGAGCGGAAGGGUUGCGAUUCGGCCGAGGAAGUGGCGGCCAACGCGCUUACGAAGCCGCGAAGCCGGCGGAGUGAUCAGAUGAAGGCCGGGCCGAGUGAUCAGAGAAGAACCCGGGGAGAAGGACCUCGUGUGACGUGUUCAGAGAGCCUACUCUGCCAAAACGCCGUCUCCGCCGCCGCCGUCACGCUUAAGCGGUACAAAGUCUAGGCCCUUAUGGGUUUACUUGCAUAUGACCCCGAUAAAAGGUGGAGGUUGCUUUGAAGAAUCCUUUCUUUGACAAAAAAAUAGAAUGUGUGUGAUGUUUUUGCAUUUAGAGGCAAUAAUAAAGUGAAUUGGUCAGCAAUAUUUACCUAAUUAUAUAAUCAUUGAACUAUUUCCAACGGUAGUUGAUGAUAAGAGAAAACAAGUAUAACUAUGGAAAGACGAUACACUUGGAUUCUAUAACACUCUGCUACCUUACCUUACCAGCUUAAAUUACAAGGAGGCACUGAGGGUAUCUCUCGCCACGAGCUUGUUCCCAAUACGUAAACUUGGGCCACGAAGUUGCCGUUCUCUGCAUUUCUGGAGACACGAAAAAUCUUGAGAGCGUUGGUUAUACUAUGAAAUCCCAUCGCUAACCAAUCUAACAAGAGAUCCUUGCAUUUUGGGAGUUGAGCGUUGGUGGUUGUUGGGAGCAUUAUGACCUCUCCCUUAAAGACGGUUAAAUAAGAAGCAUGGAUCAUCAUACUGUGUACGAUCAUCUUCUCGCUCAUGAGAUUCAAAUUGCGGAAAACAAAAUCCGGGUCAUAAUGAUAACCAUCCCGUAGCUGUGGGAGCUGAAUCAAGGAGACGAUUCCAUCUUCUCUCUUUGUGAAUCCGUUGCCAUCGUAUUUCAAUGGCUGAAAGGCAAAACGAUCGAAACCGGAGAGGUAGUCAGGAUGCAUAAGUUGAGAUGCUUGUAAGUAAUAGGUUUAAUUCUUGCUAAAGGCGAAUUGAACUACAUUUUUGCUAGCAUAUUGUUAGGUUAAGUUUAUCUCCUAGUGUAAAUAAUAUCGUUUGUUUAAUAAAAAAAAAAAAAGGAGUUACAAAACCCUACAUCAACUACAAAACAGCUUGUUCAAAAAGUAAAUCUGAGAUAAGGCCUGGAGGUUCCUCAAACUAGUUACACGACGAACUCUAAGUAAGGGCAAACCAUGCAAGGCAAUGAGCAAUGGGCUUGGCGACGAACAUGUGUAGAAUAAGCUCCAGCGAAUGAAGAUAAAAUCUCACGCGAAUCCUUAAAAGUCCAACGUCGGACAAAAAAUUGGAAGAAUCAUGAACAGUCGUCACAAUCUGGAGUAAAUCACUCUCAAGAAUAACAUUUUGAAAACCCCUUUACGUUUUAAGCAAACAAAGGUGGCAGAGAUCUAGGCAAAUACCAUUGCCAAGGAACAAACUUAGCUUGUGGUUGUGGGCAAGAUAAUUAGCUUCCUUUGCCGUAUGUAGCCACUUAGGUUAGGAAUCUUGUAAAAAAUAUAUAUUCAUCUGCUGCAUUAUGUCUGUCUGUCUCUGUGUCAUAUGGUUUCGAACUUUCGAUUCUUACAAUAUUGAUUCAGUGUUCAAAUGACUUUGGUUAUUUGCCCUACCGGGGCCUUUUUUCACAAAAAUUUGAAGAAAACAGCGUCUUCUCGUAAUGUUUUUGGCAAUUUUCAUCCACCAAGUUGUGAUCAUCGACAACCUACUAUUCAGGAGAGCAUCUUUCCAAAAUCAAAGAAGAGAGACUUCUUGUUAGUGCCAGUCAAUUCUGCUAGAAACUCAGGAGGAUUACCAGGGGAUCAUCAGGGAGCCGAGGAUCCACGAGCUCUGGAAACAGUCCUCAAACUCUACACCGCUAUCAAGAACAAAAACAUUCGCGAGUUGUCUGAGAUUAUAGGAGAUGAAUGCCAAUGUGUAUGCAAUUUAUUCUCAGUCAUCCAACCCCUCCAAGGAAAGAAGGAAGUGCUGGAUUUUUUCUCAUAUCUAAUCCGAAGCUUGGGAAGUAACAUCGAAUUUGUUGUAACGCCGACGUUGCACCAUGGAAUGAACGUCGGUGUUCAGUGGAGCUUAGAGUGGAAAAAAACGCAUGCGCCUCUGGGAAAGGGCUUUAGCUUCCAUAUAUGCCAUAUCUACAAAGGGAAGGUCACCAUAAGAAAUGUGGAGAUGUUUAUGGAACCACUCCUCCAUAUUGAACCCCUCAGACUGAAAAUAAUGGGAAUUAUGGCGGAUUUAAUGGACAAGAUGGGUUCCAAUUCAAUGUUCAAGGGUAAAGCAAACAGAAUUCUGUGGGUUUUACUCUUUCUGUUCAUCAAGGCUGCCUUUUUAAUCUUAUUCAAACUUAUCUUGGAUUAAGCCAUACCCACGAGAGAAACUAACCUACAACCGGGGUGUCUUGCUCUUAUAUCUCAAGUCAAUCGCACUGUCGUACCUUUCAUAGAAUUGUUUUGAAAUUGCAAAACUUCGGCGUCUUUUGAUUUCA